AUGUCGGCGAACACGAGCGCCACGGGGUCCGUUGCCUCCUUCGGCGCAGUCGCAUUGCUCACGCAAGUCGCGGCAGCAGCACAGCAGCACCACAACCACCCCCACCGCAAUGAUGGUGACCAGAAGCAGCACUGCGACGACGAUGCCGACCAGCUGCGCCAUCGUCAGCUCGCCAUCGGGCUCUGCGUACCGCAUCGACGGGAUCACGGCGGGGUCCAGCGCGCGAGCAAGCCAUCACACAGAAAUGCGUGCUGCCCCGUAGUUCACACCGCACACAGCACCGUCAGCUGCAUCGCACGCCGUGCCGUUGGCGAAGGGUCCGUACUGCAUGUCCUUCACGGUGACAGCGGCGUCCCUGCAGAAGAAGUCAACCAGCAGCUCAGCAGUCACCUUGUGCAUGCGCGAGAGAACCGUCCGCAGCAGCCGCGCUGCAGCGAAGCGCGUCAGCGACAGCGGCGUCCGUUGCGUGGCGUUGGGCACACUGUGAAUGAACUCCUGGGCAGUCUUUGA